AUGGCAACUGCUAUUACAAAGACAGCUGAGGAACAGAUUACGUGUACGAUUUGUCUGGAAAUCUUCAAGGAACCGAAAGCAUUACCAUGUUUGCAUACGUUUUGUAAGAAGUGUAUAAGUAAUUACAUCAUCGAGAAAUAUUCCCAGAACCGGACCGGAAGCGGAUAUGACUGUCCAAUCUGUCGACGUCAUGUCUCUGUCCCCAAACGUUUAAAACAAAACCCGAAAGCAUGGGUAGAUCAGCUUGUGCAUAACCACACGGUUAGUACAAUGAUUGAUGCCUAUAACACAACUGGUGGAAAAUCUAUGGAACCCUGUCCAGACCAUCCUAAACAGGAGCUGAAAUUUGUAUGUGUUGAUCAUAACAAGCUCAUAUGUUCCUUAUGUUUCCCAAAACAUCGACGUUGCAAUAAAAUCAAUUCUCGUGAAGAAGCGUUUGGAGAUGAUCAUAGAGCGAGAUCAACUGAUGCAUCGAAAUAUGAGUCCUAUAAACAAGACAUGGAUCUUCUCGUCGAGCAAUGCAACUUACUGGAACAGGUCGCGCAAAAAGAAAGCAACACAACGGAACCUAUGGGUAAAUUAGAUGAACAGCUUCGAGCAAAAGUAACAUCAAUGAAGAAGGCUAUCAAUGAACUGAUAAACCAAUACAAAGAUAUAGAGAUGAAUUCAACAAAGAGGGGAACAACACAAGCCUUGGAUCAAACAAACAUCUUACAAGAGGAUGACACACAAGUACAUACAAUCAAACUUCCAUUUCAAGGAAAGGCAUCCUGGAUAACGGGGAUAGGGAUUCUUCCAUCAGGAAAACUGCUUCUUGUUGACCAUACGAAUAGAGCUCUAUCCGUAUUUAGCGCCUCCUUCAACUGCUUGUGUGUAACAAGAACCAAUGUGGCACCAUAUGACUUGGUAUCGAUUUCAAUGUCACACGAUCAAGUGAUGUUAUCUAUCCCGGACACGCGGGAGCUCAUGAGGUGUGACGUAUUACAGGAUGGCUCCGUUCUUCUCGGUCAAAAACUGAAGACCAAUAUCGCUUGUAAGGCGCUUACGUCUGAUGGACGAUAUGUGGCUGUGUGCUCCGAUUCCGAGUUGCAGGUUUUUGAAACUGAUGAAGGGAUGUGGAUGAUUAUUUUAGAGGAAUCUUAUGAAACAACAAAAUUUACGUACAUCGCCAUGAUAUCAUUAGAGAGGAGAGUUUUCAUCACGGAUCAAACUAAUGGCGAUCCGCAUAUCAUGUGCUUAGACUUCGAUGGACAAACGCUGUGGAAAGUUACUGACGAACGAUUUCAAUAUUGCACAGGAAUUUGUGUCACUGGUACACAGCUUAUGUUGGCUUCAUGGGAAUCAGGAAAAAUGUUCACUUUGUCAUUUAACGGAAACAAUUUGAAAAUGUCCAAUAUUGCAGCGAGGAAUCCAUGGAAGAUUUAUGUAUCUGCAAGACAAAACACGGUUUGCGUUUCCCAGCAUAAAGAUGUGUUAUCUGAAGAGGACAAGCGAACAGUUAAAGUGUUCCAAAAGAUUUAA